UUUGAAAUUUCAGCGGUCGAGCUGUUGUUGUGUGUCACUGGAAGCUACACUGCAGCCUUUGUGUUACGGUUGGAAGUUCAAAAAUAGUCGCAAGCGGUGGACUGAAAAUGUCUUUUUCAAGAGCCCCUUUGAAGAGGUUCAACGAGAACGUAGGUUGUGCUCCUCCACCGGGGUCCUAUGACAUCAGACCCGGGGACCCAAAGGGAGCAGCUUCCUUCGACAAAUCGGAUCGGUUCAGACUGGUCAAGGCGGCCGCUCUGCCACUUCCGUCACCCUCCAGAAAUGCCCUGAUGUCACCUGUCCGCAGGACCAUGUCAGUCGAUGGUCUUGUUGACGGUUCCUCUGUAAAGGAGAAGAAGAAUGCCCUGACCAUGGAAAGGAAGCAGCAGAAACUCUUGGACAAAGAGAUAAGGUCCCUGAUUCAGCAGCGAGGGGAUCAAGACCGUCGCCUGCUGGCUCUAGAAGAGGAUCUGAGGAAGGUGGAGGCCAAGCUGCUGGCUGCAGUCAGGGAGAAGACCGGCCUCGCUGCCAAUGUGACCACCCUCGACAGACAGCUGGUAGAGCUCAAGAAAGUUAACGAGUUCCUGAAAAACAAGGUUUCUGCCGACACUACAAAAAAGAGAAUUAAUUUACUCACAAUGGACUUGAUGGAAGCCAGGAACACUAUGGAUGUUAAAAACAAGGAGUUAAAGGUCCUGCAGAUUACCAUGGAAGGCCAAGCUAAAGUGCUAGAAUCUGACCUGCAAGCUGCCCGGGCUACUGUCACUUCUCUGAAGGAGAGGAAUCACGACUUGGAGAACCUUCAUCAAGUGACCAAAACUCUGAACGAAGAGCUGGAGAAUGAGAAUGCUAGAUUGUUAGCUGUUAUACGGGAGCUGAGGGAGGAGAUCCAGGCUUUGCAGGGAUACCUGGACACAGCCAAUGAUCAAAUCCAGGAUCUCCGUUUGAAGCUCCGAGAGAAGACCCAGGAGAAUUCUGCUGCUGGUUCUCAGGUGGAGAAAGCGACGCUACUAGAGACUGAGCUACAAACAAUCCAGGCUGCAUUGAGCCUGAAAGAGGAAGAGGCCCAGAAAUUCCAGCAAGCGCUGCAGGUGUCAAACAAUGCUUUAGUGGAGCUGGAGAAGAGGUUUGAGAACCAAGAGCUGGUGCUUCAAUCUUCACAAAGGUCCAUGAGUGACAUGGAGGAGCAAAUGGAGUCGGCUAGACAAAAAGUUCAGGACUCUCGAGCGACCGUUCGACAGCAGGAGGCAGAUCUCAAUCGACUGAGAGAAGUGCUCAGAAGGACCGAGAAGGAGCUGGACGAGAGGGUGGCGCACUUGGAGCAGAGGUGUCUGUUCUCUGAGGAAGAAAGAAGCAAGACUCAGGAAGAGGGAAUGAGGAGGGUGGAGGAGUUGAAAACAGAGCUCCUCUUGCUAAAGGAAGCUAGAAAAGAAGAGAAAAACGCUCAGAUUCUGCUGCAGCACGAACAUGCUGCUCUGAGUAAAGAACUGACAAAAGAAAAGUCCCUUGUCGACUCCCUGUCUGUGCUGGUGGAGCAGGAGCGGGAGGAGGCAGACGAGCGCCUUCGACAGCUGAAGGAGGAGAUGGAAGAGGUGCUGGGAGAGCUCGCUGUCUUGGAGGACCAGGAGCAAACGGGGCUGGAGGCGGCGCAGAGGAGCCACGAGACCCUCGAGAGGCUGCAGGAGGAUUACAGCGAGCUGGAGAGACAACUGAGGGAGACCAGGGCACUGCUGGAGAGUAAGAGCAAUGAUGUGGCCGCUUUGAAAGCGGAGCACUCCUCAGCCAUGGCAGAACUCCAAGGGGCGCACGCCAACUCCCUGAGCAAGCUGGGAGACCUUGUCAAGGAGCUGGAGAGCGCCAGAGAGGCUCUACAGGGAGCGGAGGGACGGCAGAAGAAACUGGAAGCCGAGAUGGGCCGAGUGACGCAACAGAUGAAGGAGGAGAUGGACAAAAUGCUUCAGCAGAACAAGGAGGAGGUCAACCGACUGAAGGAGGACUUAAAAGAGCACACGGAGAGGCAGGAAGCUGAGGCGAAAGACAGACAGGAGAAUUCAAGAAAUCUGCUGGAGGUGCAGACUCGCCUGGCACAAAAGGAUGAGCAGAUAAAAGCCAUGGCGACGAGCCACGCAGCCCUGAUCAAUCAGCUUCAGCAGGAGCUACUGCUGCAGACAAAAGAGAGAGAUGAGGCACUGGAGCAACUAGAGGAACAGAGAAAUCGGCUCCAAAAUGAGAAGGAAAAAGCCCAGGGACUGCUAAGGGAGGUCAACCAGGAAAAAGGGGAAAUCAUGGAACAGCUCCGACAAGAAAGAGAAGAGAAAGUUAAAGUUCAGGCGGCUCUUCAGGCAGAAAGGGGAGCAUUGGGGGCUGAACGAGAAGACCUCCAGCAGGUCAGGUCAGAGGUGCUCGCUCUACAGAUUGAGCUUGAGAGAGUACACAAGGAAAGGAAAAGUCUUCUGUCUCAAAUAGAACUCAAUGACCAGAGCAGGCUCGCUCUUGAAAAUCAACUGAACGCGGCAGAGCGGGACAGAGAUCAGGCUCGCCUGGAUGUGGUUGAACAAGGGGGUUUGAUCUUCCAGGCCCAAUUAGACCAUAUGGAGGAGAAGACGCAGACUCUGCAGGGCCAGUUGGAGGAACUGAGACAAGACGGACGUGCUCUGCAGGAGCAGGUACGGCUACUGACUCAGGAAAAGGUCACGCUGCAGUGGGAGAUGGAGGAGCAGCGGCAGGAACUUCAAGGACAAAUUAAUGAAGCACAGGAGAAAAGCACGCAAGGCUCCGAGACGGAACACUGGAGGAAACAAUAUGAGGAGCUGUUUGCCAAAGUCAAGCCCUUCCAGGAACAGCUCAACGCAUUUGCGGCCGAGCGAAACGCACUACUGAAUGAAAACGGAGCGAACCAGGAGGAGUUGAACAAGCUGUCCGACGCCUACGCCCGUCUGCUGGGCCACCAGAACCAGAAGCAGAAGAUCAAACAUGUGAUGAAGCUGAAGGAUGAGAACGUCAGCCUGAAACAGGAGGUGUCCAAGCUUCGGGCGCAGGUGAGCCGGCAGAAGGCUGAUGUGGAGCAGCUGAAGUCACAGCUCCCUGGCAACGUGGGUCGCAGGUUUGAUCCCAGCAAAGCGUUCCAACACGACAAGGAGAACAGGCCAACCGAAGCACUUAAAGAAGGAAAUCAUUAUGCAUAAUGGAGCUUCUCUGCCGGACAACAAACAAACUCAAUUAGAUUUCUAUGGAUUGGUCUUUUUAAUGCUUUAACUCUUAUUUGUGGACAUUUUGUAACUGGCGUCAUACUGUGGUAAAGCCUUUUUGAGUCAAAUUGUGACAGAGCGAGUAAGGAUGUAUGUAUCUGUUUAGAUUUUAACAAUAACUGCUAGAAGCAGAUUGUUUCAGCAGUGUUUUAAAAUAAUAAGGAAAUGGAUGUCUGUACGUCUACACACAAUGCAAAGAACAAUAGCAAAGUCAGCAUUAGAAUAGGUGAUACUUUAAGCAACGCUUAGGACUGCACAACCAGCAUCUCCCUUCUAAGUCUUUCUUCUUUGUAAAUAAAGUCACGUUUAAUUACACUUCUUAAA